AUGGAUGUUGACCCGCGCAAGUGUUUCGAAAAAUACGUCGAUGCCAUUAUUGAUUUGCUUAUUAAGGGUACGACACCCGGUGUCAAAGAGCCAAUUGUGGAUUUGGUUGGAAAGGAAGAGAUCCUCUUCUUAGGUCCUGACGAGGGUACAGCUGAUUUCAUGGAUUGGGGUGCUGAGCAUGCUCGUGAACGUGGCGCACCAUGGUGGAAGUCUUUUACCACAGGUAAAACUGCAGCUACAUUAGGCGGUGUUCCACACGACGUUUUUGGAAUGACAUCUUUAUCGGUGCGUCAGUAUAUCUUCGGAAUCUUGCGCAAGAACAAUCUGAAGGAGGAAGAUAUCACGAAGGCCCGGUUAGCACUAGAAGAACAUGGCGUCAUUUUGUAUCCGGAUGCUAGUGCAAAUAAAGGCGGUGUGACGUCCAGCAGCCUGGAAGUUUUGGUGGGGCUUGGCCUCACGGAUCAAGAAUACAUAUCUAACAUGAUGUUUGUGGAUGGGAAGCCUACCCCUUUCUAUAUGAAUUAUGUUCAUGACAUUCAGGACAUUAUUGGGCGUAAUGCCGAGGGAGAAUUUGAGGCGAUAUGGAGGGAACACAUGGAGACGUCGAAACCUCGUUCGAUAAUAUCCACUGACCUCUCAACAACCUUGAACUCGAUUUCCGAAGAUAUUGAAAACACGAAUCUUUACGAUCAGGAACGUUUACGAAAUACAGUGCUAGGCCACGUUUUCCCGCCUACGCUGGUCCGUCAGGUUGGGAUGGAUGAGCUAAUCCAGCGUGUGCCUUCUAGCUAUCUAAAGAGCGCUUUUGCUGCUCAGGUGGCAGCCAGCUUUGUUUACGCCAAAGGUCCCCGUGCAAGCCAUGUUGACUUUUACAACCAUAUUUCAUGGCCCGCGCGCGACCAGUACUUGAUUGGGUACAUGCAAGUGUUUGCCGUAACUCCGACCGGUGCUUACUUCCUCGACUCCACAUGGGCCAGCUUUUCGCCACAGAAGGCUAGUUGA